GCCGGGGCCGGGGGGCGGCGCUCCGGCCCGGCCCGGCCCCGCCCGAUGUCCAUGAGCGCGAACACCAUGAUCUUCAUGAUUCUGGGGGCGUCGAUCGUGAUGGCCAUCGCGUGCUUGAUGGACAUGAACGCGCUGCUGGACCGAUUCCACAACUACAUCCUCCCGCACCUGCGGGGCGAGGACCGCGUCUGCCACUGCAACUGUGGCCGGCACCACAUCCACUACGUGAUCCCGUACGACGGGGACCAGUCGGUGGUGGACGCCUCCGAGAACUACUUUGUGACGGACAACGUGACCAAGCAGGAGAUCGACCUCAUGCUGGGGCUGCUGCUGGGCUUCUGCAUCAGCUGGUUCCUGGUGUGGAUGGACGGCGUCUUGCACUGCGCCGUGCGUGCCUGGAGGGCCGGCCGGCGCUACGAUGGCUCGUGGACCUGGCUGCCCAAGCUGUGCAGCCUGCGGGAGUUGGGCCGGCGGCCGCACCGGCCGUUCGAGGAGGCCGCGGGGAACAUGGUGCACGUGAAGCAGAAACUCUACCACAACGGCCACCCCAGCCCGCGGCACCUGUGAGCCGCGCACGGACUCGCCGGGGCCGCUGGCCGCUGUGCGGAUGCAAAAGGGACCUCGGGGACGCCCAGGCCGGUGGGACUGGACAGCGGCCUCGGGCCCAGGGUGUCCGGGGCUGUGGCCGGCCGGGCAAGUCCAGUGGAAGGUGCUGUCUCCUCUUCUUUUUAUAAAGGGGGCGGGGUGGGGGCGGGGUGGGGUGGCAGAGGGGGCAGGCGCCCCAGAGGUGCAGGGGGCGGGGCUGGCGGACACCUGGCCGGGGCCCACCGAGAGCCGCCGUGUCCUCUCCUGCGCACCGCAUGGGCUGUCCGUCUGCGUCUUGGAGCCGGCGCUAACGGAGGGAGGGAGGGGAGGGAGGCUAGGGCGAGCGCCCGUCUGCACACGGGAGCACGUGCAUGGGGCGUGUGCGUGGCCCAGGGACGCGGAGGGGCGGGCGCCAUGCAGCAGUAAGGCCCCCAGCUGCGGCGGCCCCAGGGUGGCCUGGCUGCGCCUCACUGUGAAGCCCACCCCUCUGUGGUCAGUAAAUUCUGCAGAAAGCUCCA